AUGAAUAAAAAUAAUAGGUUAGGAUGCAUUAAAUUUCGAGAAUUGAAUAAUCAGAAAGGAAAAUCAGAUGAAAAACAAACACGAAGAAAUCAUCUAAUAAUUACACCAGACGUUUUAAAAUUAUUUACCGAAACUUGUAAAACUGCUUCCAAAGAAAUUAAUUCUAAUGAUGAAUUUGAACAAGAAAAUAGUUCUCAUAAUUUUUUUGAAAAUAACAGUGAAUCAGAACAUCUGCAACCAAAAAAUAAUGCAAAUGAAAAAAAAAUAUAUAACGUUCUGAUAGGUAAGAUUUCAUCACGAAAGCAUAAAAAGUGGGAUAACGAUGGUAUAUUAGAAAUUGUUGGAAAGAAUGCUGACAUUGAUGGAAAGUUUAUUGGAAAAACAAUAGUUAAACCAGAAACUAUUGAAGAAGGAUUUAGAUUUCAUUUAGGAGAAAAAGAAAUUGAGAUAGUAGAACUAACUUUGUUCAAUGACUUUGUUCAAUCCAGACCGACUACUAUUUUAGAAAAUAAUGAAAUUGUAGAACCACCUGUAAAGAAGACAAAACGAUUAAAUGAAAUUCCUGUACUAUCUGGAAGUAGUUUACACUUUAAUUACGAACCCCUUAUAAUGCCACAAAUGCCACUUGAUGCUAAAUGCUUUCAACAAAAUGAUGAAUGGAAAUUACACGAAGUAUGUGUUGAUCCUUGUUUAGUUUCUGUAUUAAGACCACAUCAACGAGAAGGAAUAGUUUUUUUAUAUAAAUGUAUAAUGGGAAUAAAUAAUUCUGAUUAUAAAGGUGCAAUACUUGCUGAUGAAAUGGGUUUAGGAAAGACACUUCAAUGUAUAUCUCUUGUAUGGACAUUAUUAAAAAAGGGACCUUAUGGAAAACCAGUGUUAAAGCGAGUAUUGAUUAUAGCUCCUAGUACCUUAUGUGAAAAUUGGAAUAAAGAAUUUAAACAAUGGUUAGGCUCAAUAAAAAUAACCCCUUAUAUUGUGUCAAAUAAAAAUACAAUUAAAAAUUUUACUAAAAUUCCAAGAGCAUCUAUUAUGAUUAUUAGUUACGAAAUGUUUGUUAGAAAUACAGGCACAGUAAAUAAUUUAAAUUUUGAAUUAUUGAUAUGCGAUGAAGGUCACAGGUUGAAAAAUAGUGAAGUAAAAACAUUGAAGUUACUCAAUCAAUUAAACUGUAAAAGACGAAUUUUGAUAACAGGUACACCUGUACAAAAUGACUUGCAAGAGUUUUAUACCAUAGCAAAUUUUGUAAAUCCAGGUAUUUUUGGCAACUACAGCGAAUACAAAAGUUAUUAUGAACAGAUAAUUGUUACAUCUCAUUACACUACUGUUGAAGAGAAAAUGUUACUAGGACAAGAAAGGGCCAAAGAAUUAUUUGAAAAAUCCAAAACAUUUAUUCUCAGGCGCACAAACAAUUUAAUUAAUAAAUAUUUGCCUCAAAAACAUGAAGUUGUAAUAUUUUGUCGACCAACUCAUGAACAAAUUUGUUUAUAUAAAUUAAUAACUGAUUAUUGGUUUAAUAGAACUACUAUGGGUAGAAGUACAAUGUCUUUAAAUGUUAUCAUUGCUUUAAAAAAAGUAUGUAAUCAUCCUUGUUUUUUUACUAAUGAAAAAAGUAAUGUUUUGGAUGAAAUAAUGUCUUCAAUUCCAACUAAUUUAUUUAAAACAAAUACUUCUUUUUCAUAUUCAAGUAAAAUGAAGAUAGUACAGGCAAUUUUUGAAGCCUUAAAAAUAACAGAAGAAAAAUUGGUUUUAGUAUCAUAUUUUACACAGACUUUAGAUUUUUUAGAAAAAAUUUGCUAUAUAGAAGGACUACAAUUUUAUAGAUUAGAUGGAAGCACAGCUUUGACAUCACGAACAAAAAUCAUUGAACAAUUUAAUUCAAAGGAUAAUUAUCAUCGUAUAUUUUUGCUUAGUGCAAAAGCUGGUGGAAUUGGCUUAAAUUUAAUUGGAGCAUCAAGAUUAAUUUUAUUUGAUUCUGAUUGGAAUCCAGCAAAUGAUAUUCAAGCUAUGGCACGUAUCUGGCGAGAUGGUCAAAAACGAUCAGUUUAUAUUUAUAGGCUAUUAACAACUGGUACUAUUGAGGAAAAAAUAUAUCAAAGACAAAUUAGUAAAACUAGAUUGAGUGAAGCUGUAAUUGAUGCCAAUCACAUUGCAUCUGUAAAGAUUUCAAUAGAUGAAUUAAAGAAUUUAUUUUCAUUAGAUAGUAAAACAUUAUCAGUUACACAUGAUUUAAUGGAAUGUUCCUGUAAAGGUUGUGGUGACAUACCAUAUAAAAUCGAUAAGAACUCUAGUUUAAAGUAUUCAAGAGAUUUUCAAUUUAAUUUUGUAACAAAGAAGUCUGAACAACAAACAACUAUUAAUCAUCUUCUUGAUUGGCAGCAUUAUAAGCCACCUAUAUCAUUUGAUUUAAUGAAGGAGCUGAUGUUACAAGAAGUUCAAGAGCAUAUUAGUUUUAUUUUUAAAAAUACAAUAAAAAAAUUAAAUAAUGCAUAA